AUGUGUUAUCACCCUCAUACUCUUAGCAAUGCUAUGUUCCGGCAAGUCACACUUGCUAUGUCUAAUGCUAUACGAUACAUUGGCAAUUACGAUGUAAACGCAGAAGGGAAAUUUUUGUGGGAGAUUCUUUGCCAGUUGAGAAAGCUAGGCAUUGGUCGGGUUGUCACGAAAAACGAGUGGGCUCGAAAAUGGCCGAAUCAGCCUUCAUACAUAAAAAUUAUCAGAGCACAGCCAAUGAUGGAUCGAUGGCUUUUCGGUGGUAAAGUAUGGGGGGAAUGGACUUACCGUGGUCGAAAUUUGGGCAUAUAUUUGUUUAGUCAUGAUCUCAUUAGAUCUGAUUGGAGACUCAUCCACAAACAUGAAGAGAAAGAGUUUAUGGAGUGCAAAGAGGCAAUGGGCGAAAUUACGCUACCAAGCUCUUUCCCUGUCCCUCCGCUGCAGAAUUUGUUAGCCAAAAAAGCAAGUGAAAAAGCGGGUGUUCCAUUCCGCGAGGAGCAGAAAAGGGCGCCACUCAAGCUGUGCAUAGAUCCAGAGUUUGAUAUGUUGACGCCUUUCAUCAAGCAGGAUGAGCCAGUAAAGAAGAGCACAUCAAUUUACGAUGAAGUCGAUCCUGAAAUUUAUCUAGAUCUCUAUGGAAAAGAGUUGCCAGUCAAGGUAGAGGCAUGGAAUAUUGGCCCUGCUACAUUUACUCCACGUUUCUCAGCAACAGACGAUGUGAAGGUCAAACAACAACAACUCAAUUCCUGAUCAGACAAAACGCUGUUGAAUACAUUGAUAGGACAGAAACUGUAAAGAAAUUGAUAUCUGAAAAUGGAUCUAGUGGUUCAGUGGAUAAAUUAGUAAAGCUUUCUACGUCAACCG